AGGCCCUCCGUGACGGAGCUUUCGCGGGCCGUGCGGAGCAACAUCCUGUGCACCGUGCCCGGCUGCGGCAAAGUGCUGCCCAACCCGCCCGCGCUGAGCAUGCACCUCAGCAAGGCCCACCGCGUGCAACAGGAUGGAAAAACAAAUUCUGCAAUAAGGAAAGACUUGAAAACAUCACGGAAAUACUACUGUUGUCCCAUUGAAGGUUGUCCUAGGGGACCAGAAAGGCCUUUUUCACAAUUUUCUCUUGUAAGGCAGCAUUUCAUGAAGAUGCAUGCUGAAAAGAAGCAUAAAUGUGAUAAAUGUAGCAAUUCCUAUGGCACCAUAUGGGAUCUAAAGCGACAUAUUGAGGAUUGUGGCAAGACUUUCCAGUGUACUUGUGGGUGCCCCUAUGCCAGCAGGACCGCAUUAUUGUCUCAUAUUUAUAGGACACAGCAUGAGAUCCCUGUUGAACACAGGGAUCCACCUAGUAAGAAAAGAAAAAUUGAAACUUCACUAUCAAGUAAGCUGUUGGGGGAGAACGUUAAAGAAGCCUCUGCUCGUGUUCACAGCAGAUACACUAGCACUAAAGACUUGGAGAUGCCUGAGAUCAAACCAGCAGCUUCCUUUGAAGAUUCCAGCCGUUCCUGUACCACUAAGCAAACACAAACGCAGCCAAAAAAUGCACCAAAGUUGCUUCUGCCAAAGCCCAAAGUGGCUUUGGUUAAACUUCCUGUAAUGCAGCUUACUCACUUGCCUAUCUUUGUAUCAGCCCCUGAAUCUUCUGUCAAACCUGUUGUAGUUGCUGUUGAUGACAAAGGCUCUGUUAUGAGUACUGUUCAUUUGAUGCCUCUGCCAGUAGGAAUUAUGAUGCCUGCCCUGGAGGCUGAAACAUUUGUAUUUAAAGACACUCUAACCUUUUCAAAAACCAAAAAUACUGGCAAUGUGGAGCCAGUUAGCACAGGUAUCCAGGUCAAUUUGGAUAAAGUCACAUCAAGUAAUACAAUUCGUGGUCUGGAAGCCAUAUGCUACAAGAAUGGAAUUUGUUCCACCAAUGUACAAACGGACUUAUCUUAUAUUUCACAGAACCUUGUGCCCUCUGCAGCCUGGACUCCUGAUUCCUCAGUGUCUUCUUGUUCUCAGACAGAUCUGACAUUCAGUUCACAAGUUUUGUUGCCAGUUAAUGUACAGACUCAGACCCUGCUGCCCACUUCAAAGCCAACUUCCUCCAUUGCUGCUCAGACAGAUGCACUUGCCCAGUCUUGUCUGCAGUCCUGUGGAAUUUCUCGAGAGACUCAGACCAGGAAGUCACAGAAAAGUACUCAUGGGAGAGUACAAAUGGACCAGGCGGUCAUGUGCAGUGAUCUUUUUGACAGUGUUAAUUCUUCAUUUAAUGAUGAACCAAAUUCAGUGGUUCUCCCAAGCAGCAACUUGAUGGCUACAGGCCUGGAUCAAAGUUUGCUGCAAAGAGGGAGCUGCAAAUCUUUGAAUCAAGACACUAAGUGUGACCCAAUUAUCAAUUUCAAUUCACAGAAUAAUAUUCUCCCACACCAAGUUAUGACAGACAAUCAGACACAGACUAUGAAGUUACUGAAUGAUCUGGAAACUAUUUUUUCGAGCAGUACAGCUGGGCAGUCAUUGGAUAACCGUAGUCUUUUAACCGAUACUAGCUCUAAUUCUGACACGCCUUCUGGUCCUGCACAGAACUCAGGAAUAGAUUUUGACAUAGAGGAUUUCUUUUCAGCUUCGACUAUCCAGACUCAGACAGAAGAGACUGAACUUGGUAGCCUGCAUUCUGAGCCUGUCCUGGAAUCCCUAGAUAUUGAAACUCAAACAGAUUUAUUUUCAGAUAAUGCCACACAGUCCUAUACCUGCAGAGCUAAUCCCAAUUUCUUAGGCUUGGAGAUGUUUGACACACAGACUCAGACAGACCUAAAUUUCUUCUUAGAUAGUCCCUACCUACCUUUGGGGAAUAUCUUGAAGCAGUCUGCUUUCUCUAUGAGCACUGACUCGUCUGAUACAGAAACACAGACAGAAGUGCCAUUUCAUGAGAGAAAUGCUUCUAAUCAAAUCGCAGAGAGCAAAGUCCAGCUGAAUAGUGCUGAAACGCAGACCAUGGAUAGUGGUUUUGAAACUCUAGGCAGCUUAUUCCUUACCAGCAACGAGACCCAGACAGCGAUGGAUGAUUUUUUGUUGGCUGACCUAGCCUGGAAUACAAUUGAGUCACAGUUCAGUUCAGUCGAAACACAGACUUGUGCAGAAUUGUGCUCUUUGUGGCAAGGUUCAGAAAAAGCCAGCCAUUGAGUGUGGUUCUCAAGUUCUAUCUUAUCUGAAAAUUAAGUGGUGUGUGGGUAGGUGUAACUGACAUUGGCGUUAGGUCUGCUGAAUGUAAUUCACCAUAUACAGUUGGUUUACAAAGAUGUCAUACAGUAAGAUAUUUAAGUGUUGUGUGUUGUUACUAAACUGAAUCCUACGUGGCUAUGUUCAUUGUAGUGUGUAAAUGUACGUUUGAACACUUCAUAACUGCUAGUUAGUUGGUUCAUGCCUCUACUAUUUUUUUUAACCCAGAAUUUUAAAAUUGUAGUCCUUAGUUAUGUCUGUACUCUGAACUUGCAACUAAGGCUGUAGUUCUUUACUUAAUUAUUACUGAGAAACUCCACCACACAGAGUAGAAUUUCAGAAUGGAAACUUUAGGCAUAGGAUUACACCGUAUUCUUUUAAAAAAUUGGACCACAAGCGAGUUGUUUUUUGUUUUGUUACUGCGCAGUGUCAUUUCUUUUUGUUCCUUAUGUUGGAAUUGGUUGUCAUAAUUAUUGUAAAGCAGCUACAUCAUGGUUGUGCCCAUCAGUUCCUUCCGAUUCGUUCUUCAGCGUAUUGAUUUGUUCACGCAUGAGCAGGGGAACAAAGGCAUGUCAGGGGCAUGGCGCCACACCUGCUCUUCCUGCCCCCUUGGCCCCAGAGCUGAAGAAGGGGUCUGCGUCACUGCAGCCAGACUGGUGAUUGAGGAGGUGGCGCGCUCAUGCGCAGAGAUGUGGGGAUGGGGACAGCCUGCCCAGGGUUCCAAGGCAGGAUUCUGCAGACUUAGAGAGGCAUCUCAGUCAUUGCAUUAUUCAGUGUAGUCACUCUUGUGAAAUGCAACCACAGUAUCCAAACCGGUUCUUGUUUUUUCUGACUUCUCAUACUUCAAGUUCAGCUUUGUGCUUCAGGCCAUGAAUGGGAGGGCACUUGAAUUUUGAAGCUACCAUGUUAAUAAAAUUUCCCAUAUACUUGGUUUUUAAAAUGGGGAAAAUCUGUCUGGGUUGAUCAUGGAUUUAAUAUUCUUGCAAUGAUGUUGGCAUCCUAAUACAAUUUCAGCUUCGAACUCUUACCGCAUAUCACAAUUGCCGCAGGCAAGAGUUGCUCUCAAACUCCACACACAUAAGGAAAGGAGGGAGGACACCAAUUCAGAAAUUAAAGGAGGCCUCACAAGGUGCACCAUAUCUUAUUAUCUGGUCGCAGUGCAUUUUGAAGCAUCAGAUGGUCUUCAGAGGCAGAAGUUGAAACAGUCUGCUCUUCUGUGUGAGACUGCCUUGUUUAACAUACAUCUCCAAAAUGCAGGAAGUGUAAAUUCUUUCCAUUUGCACCUUCUGGAAGUCUUUUGUUCAAUUCCUCUUUUAAAUCUCAAGCUGCUGUCAGACAAUUAGUUUGGAAACAGCUUUAAGGCAAGCAGUAAAAAUGAGAUUCUGUCAGCUCAGAACAAGAUCCUAAUAGCUAAUACUGUUGUUCAGAGCAGCUAAUUUGUGUGUAAAGGCAGCCAUUAACCAAAGGCACCUUAUAUGCCAGUUGAGCUAUAGCUGUGAUGGUGAAUGAAUUAUUUGAAGCCCCAACCUCCUCCAAGAAGCCCUGCUGCUUUCCAAAGCCAAACCGAUAGAGGCUUUUGCCAGCCUUCAGUUCAAGGUAGUAACAGUCUACCAGCAUAGAUGUAUCAGCUCUUCAUCUUCCAAACUUCAAAGUCUGCAGACUUUGCAGCUGCUCACUAUUUGCAUUGAUGUUCUCUAGGGAAAAAAUAUCUGUUGCAUAGGAACAAUUCUGCAUUGCUUAUCUGCUCUCCACAUUAAUUGCAUACCAGGCUUGUUUCCCCCAAUGUUUCUUCGGCAGAAUGGUAUACUCAUUUCUCAGACUGCCAUGGAAGUAUGGAAAGAAAGUUGUGACUGGGUGAUAAAUGUAUAGAACACAUUUGGAAUAUGCUGCUGGAUUGAUUUAGCCAAAGAUGGGCAACAGUUUUCAGGUUCAUGCAAGCCCUUCUUUGCAGCUGCAUGGCACACCUUUCACAUAAUGCCUUGGUUGAUGCUGUUUAACAGCUGAUGGAAUCACAUUUGUUUUGUCAGAACCCAACAGUGGAGUGUGAGCGGAGUGUGUAUGCAUAGAACCACAUACACAGCAUGCAAGUUGUUUUGAUCUAAUGGAAAUUGCCAGUCCGUGGAGGUACUAGUAUAACUCCGUGGUCACAGGGAUGAAGCUGCCCUAGUUUAUUAUACACUUGGCAGAUGGGCAGGACAUGCUACAAAAUUUCUAGUCCCUGUGAGGCUUGGUGCAAGAGUUGCUCUUCCAGUGCCAAGCAAGUCCAGCUAGCUGAGGUAUGCUGCCUUGCAGUGGCCCUGGUGCAUUUUUCAUGACAAAAUUGAAGUGGACUUGAAUCGUGUGUCUGUGCUUGGAGGAUGUUGCAAACAUUUGGCGCUGAUGUGUGUGUGUUUGUGAAGCUCUCACCAAUGCAUACAGCUAGCCUUCUGUUUCAAAAAUAUAGUUCCACUGGUGCAGUGGUGCUUGUAUAUCAUGCCCUCAAGUUGGUGAUAGUCUUUAGCUAUUCUUAGAUAGGAAUUACUUCCAGUACCAGCACUGCAGUUGGUCUUUUAAGUAUCUCUUUAAAGGCUGCUUGCUGAGACGUAGUGCUGCAAAAGCUGAUGUUGAACUGCAGAUGCAACUAAAUCCAUGCAUUUGGGAUUGGGAACAAAGGAAGAAAGGAAAUUCUACAUUCCUUUGGAGUGCAAUAAAGUAGGUUUAAAUGUUCUCUACAACUUUAUGUGCAAAACUAUGGUACUUUUAAAGCUUUUUUCCAGGAAUUAAACAUCUGACACAUGCCUCCCUUUGAAUGUUGCACUUUGUAGUGUUAGAAAGCCAAGAGUAUAAUUGGUAAGGAGAGUCUAAAGUAAAGAGAAACCAUCUUGAUAGUAAGCCACCUAGUCAUACUUGUUGCAAAGACCUGACUCCUCGGAAUCCAUCAUCCUCUAAAGCAGGUCAACAGAUGCUGGAAGGGUCUGUUGCUCCCUCCCUCUGAAGGGCUGCCUAAAGGAAAUGCCGAGUGUGUUGUGCAAAUGCAUCUCGUAACAUUUUGUUGUUUUGGUUCUGUUGAUUCCCAAGCACUUGAGACUUUAUUGGACCAGAGUGUCGCCUGGAUUGAACUCAGUCCUUUUGUGAGAUUAAUAGGAGCUCACAGAAGGAGUUUUGUGCUUGAAGUUCUGUCUUUGAUUAUUCCAGUUUCUGACUUCCGUUGCAUGGCACAAAAGCAGGAUUGUUACAGGAAAGGAUGUUUCUGUAACCCUGACCCACCUGCCCUAGAUAGAGAUCAAUAAGGCCCAUACAUUUCUGAUUAUUAAACUACUUUAUGGAAAGGUAAAUAUAACAUACUUAAUGAUAUGCUUGUGAUUUUGGUUCCAAUUCCUAACUGCUGUAGUACUGGGAUAAAAGGCCUGUUUCACUCAGUAUCAUUGAUACAAAUAAUGAGGAUGCUCUGGAAUGAUUCCCACAUACCGUGCAGCACAUACAACCUCUUUUAACUGCCCUAACUUAGUCCUAACUGAUUUGCCUGCUUUCAUUAAGGAAACUGCCUCACCCUUGCAUUGUUCAUAUGGUGGGUUUUGGGGGCUUUUUUCAGAAGUAGGUCUGAAACAUGAGGUUCAUUUUUAGGCAGUGAAUAUAACAAAUUACUACUUGGAACAAGUAACAGCCUGUGCAUGUCACACUCUCGCUUCCAAUAUUUGAUUAACUUACUUUCUCACACAGUUUCAAAAUGGUAAUCCUGCUUGUCUCUGGGGCAUUUCAAUACCCUUAAUUUAAUGGACAGUUCAUCCAUAGCCAUUUUAGAGUUGUCUUCUCCGACCUGUUCCCCUUGGAUGUUGAGGACAUCAAUCCUGGCCAGCAUCACCAGUCUAAGAAUGCGAGAAGCUGUAUUCCAGAGCAUCUUGACGGUACCAGAUUUGGGGAAGCUGCUGUAAAACAAACUGGUAGGAACAAGUGCAUUAGCGCUGUUUGCACUUACCGCUCCUAAUAGACAGGAUGAAGUGUUUGGAAAGGGUCAGCAGGCAGGAAAUAGGCAACAGCAUCCUAAUGAUUUACAAAGCUAGUCAACUUUUCAUGAAUACCAUUUUCUACCAAGAACAGCAAAAAUUUAAAACCAAGUUUUAAUCCAUUGAGGAUUUUGGUGUGUUUGUUUCUGUAAUUGAAGUAUUCAUGUACAUGACAAACUGGUGUCUUAUAUCAUUACAUUCACUAGUUUCUGUGUGUAUAUUUCAUUCUGCACAAAAUGAAAUUGUUGCUUAUGUACUCUAGUGUACAUUCUUUCCUUUGCACUUGUUCUUCCGUGGUAAGAUUUGAGCCCAGAAAAGGAAUUACGCUCGCAUAUGUGUGGCACUCUUUCACACACAUGAGCACUCCGACUGCAAAGCCGAGCUGACCCGCAGCAUAUCAUCACAUGAAACAGCCUGUUGUAAUCUGCUGCAUGUUCCUUUGGGAGUCUGACUGGACUUGUUUUUGAGUAAAUAGAGGGCUGUGUUGUCAAUAAAUCUGUAUCCUGCAGAUAAAUAGUAUGCUACCAUGUUGGGGAACAGGAUUUCAGUCUCUCUGAUAUCUAGUUUUCCACCAAGGGGGAAUUAGGUUGUAAGGAAGAUCACUGAGGCAUAUCAACUUAAUGCUGACUAGUACAACCUAGGCACACGCUGAACUCGCGAACGGCACCUUCAAUCCACAUUGUGUGGGACUCAGUGCACGUGUGUGGAUCCAUCCCUCCAGGUCGAUCCAGGUGACUGAUGAAUCCUGACAAACGACUGGUCAUGUGGACAAACUCUCUGGGCAACCCCCUCUUGAACUCGAGUACUGUCUGGUGCCAGCAUUUUGUGAAUCCAGAUCGCGCGUGUCACGAGUAGUGUUUGCAAGAAAACAGCACAGGGUGGUUGUUGCCUCCUUGUCAAGGGGGUAAUUUAUUUUUCAUCACUCAGGAAUGGGAGAAGGAAGCAGAUGUGCUAGAAAAAACUUCAGAAAAAUUCAACUGUGGCCUGCUGCUUUUAAGAGACAUUUGCCAUAUGACCAUUAUUUUUUUGAGAUCUGCCUUGGAGGAAGUGCAUGAUAGCAAAUACUUCAUACUUCAUUAUUGCCUACAGUAGCAGCUCCCCACUAAUCUUUGGGAGCACAAUGGUUUUUUCCUCCUCUGUGUUCACUUUGCUAAGUAUGAGAUUGUCUGAAACAAUAAAGUCUCCUGUUUUGGUGCCACAUGUCUCAUGUUUUAUUCUUUGAUAGAGCCAUGCUAGUUUGCAGGCAAGCUCAUCAAGGUGAAAUGCCAAAGAUCGUGUUAUAUUACAUGUGCAUGUAAUGAUAUUUUAGAACUAGAGUACAUAAACACAAAAGCCCGAUAUACAUGUGCAGUUUCUUCUGCUUUUAGACAUUAGUAAAAUGGUAAAACGGGCCUCUUCGUGCAUGAAAUGUACACAGCUGCAUGCACAGAAUUGCAAAUCAUUGUGAGGCUUAAACAACCAAACUCUUCUCUUGGAAUGAAACUCUUCAGCAGGUCACAAAUGUAUGUGAUAAAACAUGUAUAUUGCAAUGACAAAUGAACAAAUAAAUAACUGCCUUAUCA